AUGAAUGCUAAUAAUUAAUAACAAGUAUAAGAAAAAGUUAUUGGCCAUUAUAUAAUAGGAAAAUCAAUUGGCUAAGGAACUUUUGGAAAAGUAAAAAUAGGAACACAUAUAGAAACAUAAGAAAAAGUCGCUGUAAAAAUAUUAGAAAAGGAUAAAAUUACGGAAUAAGCUGAUGUAGAAAGAGUAGCUCGAGAAAUUCAUAUAUUAAAAAUAUUAAGGCAUCCACAUAUAAUAUAAUUAUAUGAAAUUAUUGAAACAUCUAAAUAUCUAUAUUUAAUAAUGGAAUAUGCAAUAGGAGGCGAAUUAUUUGAUUAUAUAGUUACAAAUUAAAGAGUAAACGAAAAAGAAUCAUGUAAAUUCAUGUAAUAAAUAAUUUCUGGCGUAGAAUAUUUACAUAAAUUAAACAUAGCCCAUCGUGAUCUUAAACCCGAAAAUCUCCUUUUGGAUCACGAAAAGAAUCUAAGAAUAGUCGAUUUCGGUUUAUCAAAUUUAUAUAAAAAAGACGAAUUAUUAAAAACUGCUUGCGGUUCUCCCUGUUAUGCAGCCCCGGAAAUGAUUGCUGGGUAAAAAUAUGAAGGUUUACGUGUAGAUAUAUGGAGUUCUGGUAUUAUAAUGUUCGCUUUAAUAUGCGGUUAUUUGCCUUUUGAGGAUCCUAAUACUUCUUUACUAUAUAAAAAGAUAAUUAGUGGUGAAUUUUAGAUACCAAAAUAUGUAUCAGAUGAGGCGAGAGAUCUAUUAAAAAAAUACUGAAUGUGGAUCCUUCUAAAAGGUAUUUAAUAAAUGAUAUAAGGUAGCAUUCUUGGUUUUAAAUUCAUAAAUAGGAAAUUAAAGAGGGUAUUUUUGUGGGAAAAACGGAAAUAGAAAUCAAUGAAGAAGUUUUGUUUUAUUUAUAAAAUUAUGAAAUAGAUCUUGAAUAUGGGAGAAAAUGUAUUUAAAUAAAUAAACAUAACUAGGCGACUACUAUAUAUUAUUUAUUACUGAAUAAAUAUAUCUUAGAUUAAAAAAAUAAUAAAAAAAUAAUGUUUUCUAAAUAGGUAAAUA